GCGCGUAUUGGACGGCGCGACUUGUGACACAAACAUAAGGUGUCGGUGGCAACUGGGUUCCGGUUAUUUACAUGCCAUAUUUUCAUUGAAAUUUACCUUGCAGACAUAUUUUGGUUCUGGGUGCAAGGUGGCAUCAAACGUCAGUGCUAGUGCAGAACAGGGCAAGGUGACAUUUAAAGUACUGCUUUUUACAGUUUCAAAAGUGAAAGAUGGAUUUCCUCGGCUUAGGUUUCGGAGAUGUGAAGCGCAUGAACAAAAGACAGCUCUACUACCAGGUGCUGAACUUUGGCAUGAUCGUCAGCUCAGCUCUGAUGAUCUGGAAGGGCCUCAUGGUUGUGACAGGAAGUGAAAGCCCCAUUGUCGUCGUGCUCAGCGGGAGCAUGGAGCCGGCCUUCUACCGGGGCGAUCUGCUGUUCCUGACAAACUACCAGGAGGAGCCGAUCAGGGCCGGAGAGAUCGUGGUCUUCAAGGUUGAGGGCAGGGAUAUCCCGAUCGUGCAUAGAGUCCUCAAACUACACGAACGCGAAAACGGCACGGUCAAGUUCCUGACCAAAGGGGACAACAACAGCGUGGACGACCGCGGCCUGUACGCGCCGGGCCAGCUGUGGCUCACCAAGCGCGACGUGGUGGGGCGCGCGCGCGGUUUCGUCCCCUACAUCGGCGUCGUCACCAUCCUCAUGAACGACUACCCAAAGCUGAAGUACGCUGUUCUAGCGUGCCUGGGAUUAUUCGUGCUCAUCCAUCGAGAGUGAGCCGCGACGAGAGCCGACGUGACGUCACGGCGUGCACCAGUGGCGUCAGGGCGCGCAGCGCUGCGUGGGCGGCUGGACGCCUGCGAUGUGGGUUUUUUUUAGCCGGUGCUGGUGUGCGUGAUCUUUCCGUGCGCGGGACGACGGCGUCCUGCGCAAAACCACGAUCUGGCGUUGGUUGUGUAUUGGCGAGAUGGGGUUACACGUGUUCUCGUGGUACGUGGCGCCGGCGCGUGUGCCGCGCACGCCGGCGAAUACAAGCACACUUGGU